GGUGCGCCACUCGCCAUGAGACAAAAGCAGCAGGCAGGUGUGCGCGACGAGUGCGUCGGGUGCGGGGUGCGCUGGGGGUGUGCGCCCCUCACACAUAAAAAAGCUGCACGGAGUGUUUUCACGUGUAACAUGCUGCAAUGCAUCCGGAGUUGCAAAGAAAAGGCAAAGAGGGGGCGCGCCUCCCUCCCUGCCGAGUACGAAUUACUGAUAAUACGCUUCCAGAAGCGGGUGCGGGGUGGAGAGCAGGAGGGCGAGCCUGGUCACCCUAGCCGGGCAUUGCGAGGGGUACGUUAUCAUCUGGGUUGCACUCGGACGCAGAGUCUCCUACACUUUACACGCGCCACCGGUUCCCAGUCAGGUAUAGUUAUCAUCAUGGAGGCACUGGUGUUUGACGGGAAGACCCUGACCCUGAAGUACGACCCCAAGUACCCGAUGCCGCAGCUGGUUAACGACGAUGACGUCAUUGUCAAAGUGGAGUACUCUGGAGUCUGCGGCACAGACCUUCACAUCAUUCAGGGUGAGUUCCCAGCCUCCAAGGAGCGUCCUCUGCCGCUGGGGCACGAGUUCAGUGGGACCGUGCACGAGGUGGGGAAGGCCGCCAUUUUCAAAAAAGGACAGAAAGUCGUCGUCGAUCCCAACAGGGCGUGCGCGCUGUGCAGCUUCUGCCGCGCCGGCAACUACCAGUACUGCCUGACGGCUGGCAUCAACAGCACCGUGGGCAUAUGGCGCGACGGCGGCUGGGCGCGCUACGUGCGCGUGCCCCAGGACCAAGUGUACGCCCUGCCGCCACAGAUCACCACCGAACAGGCUGGUCUGUGCGAGCCUUACUCGUGCGUGUCCCACGGCUUCGACCGCGCCUCCCCUCUGCCUGUGGGCAGCAAGAUCCUUAUAGUGGGCGCUGGCAUUAUAGGCAACCUGUGGGUGACCACUCUGCACCACCACGGCCACCGCGACGUCACCGUGUCAGAGAUGAACACCGCCAGGCUUGACAUAGUCAAGAAGCUCGACACGGGCUUCAGGCUGGUCACACCCGACGUGUUGGCCGCUGAAAAGGAAUUGUAUGACGUCAUCAUUGACUGCACAGGCGUCGGCAAAGUAAUGGAGAUAAGCUUCAACUACUUGAGACACGGCGGCAAGUACGUGCUGUUCGGUUGCUGCCCGCCCGCACAUCAAGCCUCAAUGAAUCCUUACCAAAUCUACGACAAGGAGCUAACGAUCAUCGGUGUCAAGAUCAACCCCUUCAGCUUCCCCAAGGCUAUCGGGUGGCUGCAGGCCAUGGGCAGCAGAUACCUGGACUACGAGAAGCUGGGCGUGCAGACGUUCAAACUGUCGGAGUACGAGCAGGCGCUGCAGCACCUCAAGGCCGGUACCAUCUCCAAGGCUAUCUUCAAAAUUGAUUAGUUAAUAAAUUAUAUUUUUAAACUC